AUGUUUUCACAUUUUUCCUUUGACUGUGUCCUGCUCUUGCUGCUACUACUUACAAGGUCUUUGGAAGGAGUAUACGUGUCUGAGGUGGGUCAGGAUGCUGAUCUGCCCUGCACCUACUCUCCAGCCACCCCUGAGCAUCUCGUGCCUGUGUGCUGGGGCAAGGGACCCUGCCCUUUGUUUGAAUGUCACAGUUUGGUACUCAGCACUGAUGGAAGGAACUUGAGCUAUCGGACAUCCAGCAGAUACCUACUAAAGAGGAAUUUCUGCAAAGGAGAUGUGACCUUGACCAUAAAGAAUGUGACUUUAGCUGACAGUGGGACCUAUUGCUGCCGGAUCCAAUUCCCAGGCCCAAUGAAUGAUCAAAAAUCAAACCUGGAGUUGGUCAUCAAACCAGCCAAGGUCACCCCUGCUCGGACUGCAUGGAGGGACAUCACUACAGCCUUUCCAAGGACACUCACCACCAAGGGACCUGGCUCAGAGACACAGACACUGGAGACCCUCCAUGAUAAAAAUCAAACAGAAAUAUCCACACUGGCUAAUGAGUUACAAGACAUGGACGCCACCACCAGAAUAGGCCUCUACAUCGGAGCAGGGGUUUCUGCUGGGCUGGCUCUCAUUCUUAUCUCUGGUGCUUUAAUUCUCAAAUGGUAUUCUGAUAGCAAACAGAAGAUACAAAAUUUAAGCCUCAUCACUUUGGCCAACCUCCCUCCCUCGGGGUUAGCAAAUACAGCAGGAGAGGGGACACAUCCAGAGGAAAACAUCUAUAUCAUUGAGGAGAAUGUAUAUGAAAUGGAGGAUCCAUACGAGUAUUACUGCUCCGUCAGCAGUGGGCAGCAGUCCUGACAACCCCUGGGCUGUUGUCUUUCAACACCACCAGAUUCACCACUUCCUUUGGGGGUUUGGUGUUAUCGUCUUUGAAAACUAUGAGAUGGCUCACCUGACUGGUUUUAGAGGUUCUGUCCUUGGCCACCAAGCAGAGUUUUUCCAUGUUCUAAAGAUAAGUAGCUCACCCGAGGAUUGAACUGGGACCAGCAUUGUACUUAGACAGGCACAACAUUACCUCUGUGUUCCCACCACCCAACUCGGAGACUGCUAAUCAAGGCAUUAGAGCUCAAAUGGGCUGUUAUAGAGAGUAGGAAUUCUUAAUAUGGGGUCUCUGGAAUUCCAGAUAUUCAGUUAUAUGGUGUGUCCAUGAAGCUCCUGAAAAUACAGGGGAAAUUAUGUGCUGAGAUAUGUGCGUGUCUUUUUCGGUACAGGAAGUCUAAAGGGGCCGCCGAUUCUCAAAGAGCUCUGUGAACCAUAGCAGGUUCGAAAACUAUUGGAGUAGGAGUAGAUGGUCUUGAAGGUUCCCUUUGAGUCUCAAGGUUUAUGCUUCUUUGAAUGUUGACUCUGUGACAGUAAGUGCCAGUGCACAGCUUUCCUUGGCCUAAGUUAAGAAGACUGCCCAGCAAGGCCUGCGGUGUGACAGGUGCUCCUGGAGAAAAAGGAAGUAUGCUCAGUGUGUGAUGACAGGUUUUGCUUGGGGUGCACUCAGAGGGAAAGAUCUCUGACCAACUUCUCCAUUCAUGGAGAGAACUGGAGCUGUGUUUUUCACAAAAGAAGAAGCAGUGACUGGGACACAAAUUCUGUUUCCUGGUAGAAAGUAGGUAAAGGGCUCCAGCCAUCUGUAUUUGUCCAUGUCAGAUCCCUGAUGGAAAGACAAUGGUCCUUAAGCUUCAGUUCCAAGAUGGUAGAGAGUAGGUCUAUCUUGCCUAUUUGCUUCCUCCCCAGUCUUGGCACAGCUCUGACACAUAAUACUGAUAGAAAUUUACUAAAUAUCUUUGGAGUGAAAAAAUUAAAGAAGCAGAAAGGUAGAUUUCUGGGAAGACUUUUCCAUUGGAGAGCUCAGAUAGAGCUUCACUUGUUGGGGAGCUCAAAAAUACUCCUAAGCCCCCGUUUCUGCUCUUGUCCAGCAUCUGCUCUUCUCAGCAUCCUCUCCAAGCUCAGGCCCUUGGAAGUGUGUUAUUGUCUUUUUUCCCUUUCUGUUGAAUGAAUCAACAAUAGGGACCUGUCGCUGCCUGAAAACUGUCUUCCCCAGGUGAUGACUGAGCUGCUAUUGCAUUGCAUGCAGGAGAUGUUGGUCACCAAGGAUGUAGGCAGCCUGUCUGUUACAGUGUUUGGGCUGCAUCUGGGCAGUAUUGGGAAGCACUGGCUUUCUACAGGGAGAUUUGUAAGGGAGAUCAUUUUGCAAAGUUCCAGGCAGUAGCUUUUAAACAAGCUGAAAAAUUAAGUGUUUUAAAUUUAUGAAAUUCUAGAGGGAAGGGACCCCAGAAAACAUAUGGACCGGAUCAAUGAUUUCCCCACAAAAGGGAUUCUUAUUCUGCAAAAAUCUUUACACAAGGAUAUGUAUACAAGGACGAUCAUUGCAGUGGUGUUUGUGAGAGAUGUUUUCCAUCAUUUGGGGAACAAUUGGUUAUGGUGGUAUGUCAACACACUGGCACAAGUAAAAAAAAUUAGGUGGUUUCAUCAUUGAGCUGUUUUGCUAAUUCAACAAAUAUUAAGUGCUUACUCUGUGCCAGGUCCUCUGGUGCUGGGAUCAUAGAGAGAGACCAAACAGACACAUCCCUGACCCCAUAGAACUUCUGAUUGAUCUGACAGGAAGGAUGAUUUCAUUCAUUCAUUCAUUCAUUCUUUCCGUGAACAUUUUUUGUCACCUACUUCGUGCCAGACACUGUUUUAGUUCCUAGAAAUAUAGCACUGAAGGAAACAGACAAGAUCCCGACUCUCAGAGACCUUGUGUUACUUGUCAAAGGAGAAAUCUAUAUUGCUAAGUCAAAAGAAAAAAAAGUUCUAGAAUAGUAUAUAUAGUUAAUGCUAAUUUUUUUUUUUGCCUUUAAAUAAUCCAGAAGAAUAUUCCCAGUUUAAUAUGGUUAUUCCACAAGGGCAAAUAGUCAAAAGAUAGAGUUUCACUUUUUCUUUUAUGUGCUUCUAUAAUUUGAAUUAUUUUAUCCAUUUUUUGUAAUAAAAAAAUAGAUUUAAAUACUGUAGCAAUGUUUUCCUGUCCACCCUCCUCCCAUAGAAAGAAAUGAAGACUUGGAUAAGUUAAGUUCAAGGUCAAGGCAGGCAGCAGAGUGCGCCAGCACUCUCGACAUGUCUAGAGUGUCCCAGCAGAGAUUGGAACCCUGGUUUUCAGGGUAGGAGCCACUCUGCAUCAAUUAUUUGUAAUACAGAAGAUGGCAGAAAGGGUAACAAACUAUCAAGCUACCCCAGAGGGUCUGGGCAAUGACAAGUGGUCACUUAAUUAAAAGCAAUGUAAAAAGAUUGAAUGUGUGGUUUGCUCUUAGAAGUGCUUAGGAUUUUUCUUCCAGAGCUCUGCCAUAGAGACCCACAGUACAAGAAGAGGCUCCCUGAUCUCUUCAGACUGAAAAAUUAAGGUCUUACCAUGUUUUAACUGCCUAUCACUUCUAGUGUUAGAAUUUCCCCAGGCAGAAAUUCCAAGUGGUUUAACCUGUCAUUAAUUUAUUUGAGGGCAUCCCCUCAUGCCUAGUCCCAUAUAAAUUUAAUUCUCAUUUAAGUUUGAAUUUUAAAAAAAACUGAAUACAAAUUAAUUUUGUGUCCAGAUUUCUACUGAGAAAAUCUUUCUCGAGGUAAGUAGAAAUGCCCUUAGUGCUGUAAUUUUUAAGAUUUUUGUCAUCCUUUUCUGGGGCUCAGUUGGGAAAUGGCAAAAAGGAGAGGGGCAGUUGGAACACUUGGUUGGAGCGUUCUCAAGCUUCAGGAGGGCUCAGAUUUUGGCCUAUUUUCAGUGGAAAACCUGUGCACUGGAGCAGUAUGAGUCAGAAAUGUGAGUUUCAGGAUUCUAGAUCCUCUAAUAUCUUUUUUUUCAGUUGUGUUGACUAAUUAUAAAGGUCAUUCCAAGUCACUCUUUUAUUAGUAGUAGUUUUCUUUUGUAAAUUCUUGGUCAAACUCCUGCUUAUGGUGUGACUCUUUUUCCAGAGAAAGCAGUGAUGUUUAAAAAAAAAAAAAAAAAAAAAAGUUAUUUAAGCUAUUCAGGUGUGGUGGUGGCACUGGGACAUCAUGUUUAAAUAGCCACAUUAUUUUAAUACAAUUGUUUUGUGGGUGGGUCACCUUUGGAAAAUAUUUUAUUAUAGCUUUAUAGUCUAUACUUAACAACCUGCUUCAUGAUAAGUUGACAUGUUCUUUGAAAUUUCUACUUUUUGAAAUUGUACUUUUUCAUGCAUUUUACACCUAGUUCGUGUAAAAUAGAAAUAUUUCACACUCCAAUGCAGUGUUAUCUUCUUUUGGUCAGUUCUGAAAUAUCCUUAUAUCCAUAUAUCUAUAUCGAAUCUGUUUUAAAUUUUAUUACCCAGUUUUAGUUGCCGUUCCUGUUCACUUGCAUGCAGAAUUUAGUUCUUGUUCUGGAAACCCUUAAGUAAAAAGUAACAACUGAAAAAAUAUAGGUGAAGGUUGCUUUACUAAUAAUGUAGAUUUUUGAUUCAUUUCUUUAUCCCAAAGUUCACCACAAGAUCUUAGCAAGGGCUUCCCUGGUGGCGCAGUGGUUGCGCGUCCGCCUGCCGAUGCAGGGGAACCGGGUUCGCGCCCCGGUCUGGGAGGAUCCCGCAUGCCGCGGAGCGGCUGGGCCCGUGAGCCAUGGCCGCUGGGCCUGCGCGUCUGGAGCCUGUGCUCCGCAACGGGGGAGGCCACAGCAGAGGAAGGCCCGCAUACCACAAAAAAAA